AUGCCCUUUCUCCCCAGCCCUGUACAUUUCACAACCUUCCGUCAGUAUCUUGGACCAGACAAAAAAUGGUUGUCCGUGGACACCUGGAUUGACCAUCCUCAUAACUCUGUGGCGAUCAGUCCCGAUAGCUCCAACUACAAGAAUGUUUCCUUACCUAUACAACCUGUUCCCCGGCCGCCUGAUGAUCCGGAGCUUCUGACUCUGGAAGAACUAAACGAAUUGGUGUCAACCACGGAAGGGUUCUUUGCAAGAGAUUGGAGUUUGAACCUGGGCUGGAAUAAUAUGCGGUAUAUCAUUGACUCAGCAUUACUCCAAGCAAAGCUUCUUCACCGGACGCUCAUUCUUCCCUCGUUCAUCUAUGCACGUGGCUGCGAGUACGAUAUGGAAGUAUUGAGAAGCAAUGAGUGGCUCGGUCUUUCCAUUGACCAGCAGAUGGCCUGGGUUCUACCCAUAAAUCUUAUGAUCAAUAUCACUCAUCUUCGUCAGUCGCACCCAGUCAUUACUGUAUCUGAUUACCUUCGCCUGCACGGUCACGAAAGCGACGCCGAAGCUUCCGACGGUCAAUGGCAGAGAGUAUCCUACCAUUUGACAGAAAAUGUGCUCACGGACAAGAUUCCGCAGCUGUAUGUCAUCGAAAAUGAGUGGUAUGACCCACCAGAAACCGUGAGGGUUGAUGACGUGAUCGAGCGAAACGAUGAAGAGGAAGGAGGGGUAUAUAGGACACUGAAGGACGCCCUCUCUGACAAUCAGGUACUUCUAGAUUGGGGUAAAGCACAAGAGCUGCUGGGCAUAUCUAGUGACGAAGAUCUCGAGAGGGUUGUCGUUGACAACGGAUGGGAAGUGGUAUAUACUUUCAAGCCCCUAUUGGGGAUGGAAUACAGCAAAGCAGUAGUGGAUCCGAUACGACAGAUUGCGCCUCGAAAGGCGUUACGCGGAUUCAAGAAUGAUUUUGAAGGUCGCAAAGAAGAAGUUGUGCUACUUGCUGGAGAGGUACAUUACAGACGGAACCCUGGCUCCAUGCGAUUUACAACGCGUGCUGCUUUAGAUGGAUUCGUUGGUUUGGUGCUGGACGACGUCCGCAGGAUCGACGCUGUUUCAGCUCUUGCGGAUGCAAUGGUCGAGCGCAUGUAUACAUUGACAGAAGGGAGACUCUGGAUGGCGGCGCAUAUGCGACGUGGUGACUUUGUGAGGUAUAACUGGGUAAUGGAGAAGACCCCUGAAGAGCAUAUAACCAGGGUCAAGAACCAUAUGAAGAAAGGCAGAAACUUCAUUGGAGCACUGAGAAGAGGGGAAGAGACUUUAAGGACUAGCGAUAUUCCAGCAUCGCUACAAACUAGACCAGACAUAGACAUUCUGAAGAAAAAGGCGCCAUUACCAGGAGACUGGUACCGGGACAGAAAGGUCUUGGAGGGAUUCCGUGAUGAAGGCGCAGUCUUCAUGGAUGAUCUGCUCACCAUCCCGGAUCGUCGCGGCGAGCUAUCGUGGGCACUGAUGCUUACUGAUUUUCGUGGCUUGGUGGAGCAAGUCGUUUUAUCGCGCGCUGCGUUCUUUUACGGGCACGCGAUGAGUUCAGUUGCUGGUGGUGUGAUGAAUCUACGAGCCAUGAGGGGGAUGGAUCCCCGCACUGCAGACGUGGACUGA